AUCUUGCAGGUGUUUGACGGCCAUGAGGGCUCGGUAGAGGCAGCGGAGUUCGCAGCGGGGGCAAUAGUGCGCCAUCUGCUGGCGGACUGCGCCUUCACCUCGCACCUGCCGUGCGCACUGCACCAUGCCUUCCUCGCCACGGACCACCAACUCGCCUCUGCAUGGUCCGCAGGCCAUGCGGCUAACUCAGGCACCACUGCCCUCACAGCUGUGCUCACUGACAGGUCGUUGGUGGUGGCGAAUGCGGGUGACUGCCGGGCGGUGCUGUGUCGCAGGGGGCGCAGCAUCCUGCUCUCACGCGACCACAGGGCGUCCCACUGCCCCUCUGAGCGCCAGCGCGUGGAGGCAGCGGGCGGCACAGUGGUGGACGGCUAUCUGAACGGCUACCUCAUGGUGACACGCGCGCUGGGCAACUGGCACCUCAAGGACCUCAAGUCCUUCGACGGUUCGCCAGGUUCGCCCUUUGCUUCACUCGUACCAGGUCAGCUCUCCACUGCUGCUCACCGCGAAUCACUGGUAGCUGAUUCACAGCUGGAGCUGCAGGAGACACAGCAGCAGGAGCCCCCCCUAGCCACCAGGGAAGUGGCAGGAGCGAACAAGCAGAUGCCAGAUGGACACGCGAAGCAGCACACACCCAAUGUUCCUUCCAGUGGGGAUGAGCUCCAGAGUGGAGAGGUGGGGGCUGUGGUCGGUUCUCGCUUGCAGGGCCACAGGCAGCAUUGGAGCAGGCUCUACCAGUCGCUGGGCUGGCCGUAUCACUCCCACCAUCACACCUACCACCGCUCCCACUUCUCUUGCUUGCGCUGGGAGCAGAAGCAGCAGAGGCAUGUGUGUUCUGGGUCGAGCAGAGGGCCUCUGAUUGCCAGCCCAGAGGUGUGGGAGAUAGCGCUGACGGAGGAGGAUGAGUUUCUGCUGCUGGGCAGCGAUGGGCUGUGGGACGUGUUCCGCAGUGAGAACGCGGUGGAGUAUGCGCGCAGGCAGCUGAGGGUGCACAACGACCCGCAGAAGUGCGCAGAGGAGCUGGUGGCGGAGGCGCUCAGGCGCGGCGCAUGGGACAACCUCUCAGUGGUUGCAGUGUGCCUCACUGCCACGCCUCCUCCUCCCCUCGUGCCAGAGGACAGCCAGGGCCAGGUGAAGAGAGUCCUGGGGCGGCGCUCCAACAGCAGGCUGCCAUGGGCGGUGAAAGCACGGUCUGCUGCUGUGGACUCUGCAGCUGGUAGCCAUGGGAGCAGCAUUGGGCAUGAUGCAUCAGCUCCAUGCGCUACAUGAUUGGGCACUGCUGUGCUGACUGAUGGCACCGGUCAUGACGAUGUCACCAGGGUUCCUGCUAACUUUUAGGGCAGUCUGAGAAUCAGACGGGGUACGAGAGUUUCGUCUGACCAUCAUAUGAGGUGUUUGGCUUGGUCUAAAAUUUCAGACGAAGUAUACAGCCUUA